UGGGAAUUCAAGCGAUAAAACUAUUUGGAAAUGUUGAGUCCCCGCUGUUGUUUUUAUAACUUCACCAUUCGUCCACAUGUGCCAUCCUUCGAUAAAAGAUAUAUAAAUAUUUCCUCUUUAUUCCUCUCUUCACUUCAGUCUUUCAACGUCAGUAGGGGGGGGGGGGGAGAGAUACGAGGAAAAAAAAUAGAUAAAUGUAAAUAUUAACUCACGACAUCGCAGUUACUAUGGGUCGGCCGGACUGGAGGUGAUCGCUUCAGUCUGUGUCGAGGCGGCGAGGGGAUCGCAUACCGGCCGUUUCCUCUCGCCGAGAUCCAGUCAUUGGUGUUGCCUUUCGAUGUGAAACCGCUUACAAAACAACAACAGCAACUUGUAUGAAAGCGUGACAGGAACACAGAAGAAAAUCAAAGCAAUGGUUAUACAUAGGAUUGCGUGAAACAGCACUAAUUCUUUUAAGACAAAAAAAACAUUUUUCAAUUUCCUUCUCGCGCAUCAGUACUGGUUGUGCAAAAGGAGGGAAUCGCGCCAACGUAUCUGUGAUAUUAUUGACCUUUGACCUUCGAGGAUCAAGGGUGUGACGUAUGCAUUAAAAGUGACAUGAGGAGUGAAGGAAAUAAACGUAGAUAUAAGGAAAUUGUGAAUGAAAAGAGAGAAGUAAGUUGAAAGUAAAAAUGUAUAUGGAUUCGAAGUAAUUAUUAAAUAAGGAAGAAAAUAGCAGUGAUGUGGAAAUAACUAAAGAAUGACAUUAAACAGACACAUGAUGCAACACACGAGUCAACCGAGGAUAACAGUGAUAGAAAACCCAUUGCCGAUGACCUGGAAUGACCUGGGAGGAGUGACCGGAGCUUGACAAGGAGUGGAGAGUGACCUCGUGACAGGCGAAGGAAGAUGUGUCCUCAGUUCGUCCUCCUCAUGACCUGGCUCCUCCUCGCUGCAGCCGUCGAGAUUAAGAAAAUUCCGGUCCGGGGCGUGACAGCCAUCGUGGGCGGGGUCGCCGAUUUACCGUGUGAGGUUUCCCACCCGCCCCUCGACGAUAUAAUCCUGUUGUUGUGGUUCAAAGAUGGCCUUACCACGCCCAUCUACAGACCGGCCCACAGCCACCGCGCGGUUCGGUUCCUCGCUGGACGUCGCCAACAUCAAGGAGGGCGAUGACGUGUAUUUCGAGUGCGACGUCUACGCCAACCCCGAGGCCUCGAGGGUGUCCUGGAGGCUCGACAACCAGGUGCUCAACCAUAACGUCAGCGCGGGCGUCAUAGUCAGCAACCACGCUCUGGUCCUGCAGCGGGUGGUGAGGGCGUGGGCGGGGCUGUACUCCUGCCACGCCCUCAAUCCUGUCGGGGACGGAGUAUCGAACACACUCAGGCUCGACGUUAAGUGUGGACGGCCUCCGCCCAGGCAGGAAAUACGACCUUUUUAUCACCGCCCACAACGACAAGGGCGCCAGCACCCCCGCCCAUCUCACCAUCGCCGCCCACGGCUCUGUCUAUCAGCAUCAUG